AUGUCGUGCACGCGAUGUUCGGAAAACCGGUGCGUGCCCAUCGACGCACUGGACGACGGCGGCGCGGACAGCGCUGUCAGUGCGGACAGCAAGUCGGGCAAAGUGGCCGUGGGGGCGAUCAUCGGCGGCGUGGUGGGCGGCCUGCUGCUGCUGGUUGGGCUGGGACUGCUGACGUACUACCACAAGUACUGGCGCAAGCGCAAGCAGCGAUAUGCAGACACGGUGGGCAGCGACCCCCCGGACGACGAGAAGGCGAUGUACAAGGCCGCGGACAGUGCUGGCGGGAAUGGCACUCCCAAGGGCGAUAUGGCGGCCGCCUACCAGCCUCGCAACCGCAGCAGUGCGGCGACGAUGGCCACGCGCGCGUCCAAUGUGCUGCCGGUGGCUUACAUCCCGGGUGUCACAGCCGUGGGCAAGAAAUUCCGCAACAGGCACCUGUUCAAUAACGGCGACACGCGCUCGCACAUCACGUUGGGCUCGUCCAUCCUGGGCGGUGACGACGACGACUUCGACGACGACUCCGAGAUCGGCAGUCAGGCGGGGGACCGCUCCAGUGUGGGCGUCCAGCACGCUGGCAACCUCACAACGGCCAUCCGGGCAAAGCCUAAACUGGUCCAGAUUAACGAGGAGGACGAGACCGAGGACACAGAGAGCCUGCCGCCAGCCGGCAGCUCCUCGACGACCGGCGCACUCCCGCGCAAGGCCGCCGUUACCGUGGAAGCGGCACCGGAGGCUGCCAAGGCGGUCUCCGCCGCGCUGUCUCAGGAUCCGUUCCAUAUGGACGGCGAGGACGACAACCAUGAUAAAGACAAAGACGAGGGCACCGACAGCAACGACGAGCCGGACGAUGACGAUGACGAAGGUUCAUUCAUCCUUGACGUUGAGGUCGCCGAGCCAAUUAGGAAAAACUCACUACGUCGGUAA